GCCGUUCGCUAUCGGAGUGAGCGAAAGGGAAUGAGAGAGAGGUGAUCGUUAACGGGUUAUCCCCACCCCUCGUGGCCCGCUCAUACACACGCUUCCGUUCCGACCCCUUCCACGGCACGUAUUUCUGUUCGUCGUUGCCGGACAAUAACAAUACAUCGCGCACCAUAGAUAACGCGUAAUGCGAACCGAUUAAUUUAACAAUUAUCGUUCUGCUAUUGUUUAGGCCGUGCCCGUGCUCAGUCGGACGCGAAGCAAGUGCGACGCCGACGCGGUUGUUCUCGAUCGUCGUUCACUUCGCGCGAACCGUUCGUCCCUCUGGAACAUCCAGCACCGUCCUUACCUGCCCGUAGCCAACACGUUCUGCUGCCCCCGGACCCCGUAGUACGAAAACGUGCGCUGGUCUCGCGAUGCGUUUGAAGGAUCAUGAUGGAAUGCGCCGCUGCUAAUAGAGUCGCUGACGACGCGAUGGUCGCGAGCCUACAGUCCAGGCGCAAGGCCUUGGAGGCCAAGAUCACCGAAAAGAAUCGUGAACUGAAACGGUUAUGCAUACAGGAAGCAGAGUUGACAGGCAGCUUACCGCCGGAAAUACCGUUAGAUCCUGGCGAAACGCCCCCUACGUUCCGCCGACGGGUCGGAACAUCGUUUACUUAUCCGGAGAAUUUGAUCAACAAAUUGAAAUUCAAAGAGGAAGAGUCGGUCGCUUCACUUGAACUUGAGUAUAAAAUCCAAAAAGGAAUCGCUGAAGCAGCACUGGGACUUGCAAAUGAUGAGACUGCUAAUAAAUCUGUUAGACGUAAACAUAGAAUGAUGUACCAACAAAGUCAACAACGAUUGGCUGAACUUGAAACAAGAAUAAAUCUGUGCAACAAUCAAAAAGUAAAAAAGAAGCCUCGUCCUGAAAGCAGUUAUACAACAGAUUUUGUGAACAAUCAUUGUGUGACUGAUGGUAGUUUUGUGGUACCUAAAGAACCAAAUUUGUUAUCUUUAAAUCCAAAAGUCUUGCCUCACAAAAAUAAUUUAAGACAAUCUCAAUCUUACAACAAAUUUCCUGGUCAAAGAAGUUCUCAUGACUCAAGGAUUUCUAAUACAUGGAAUACUCAUGAACACAUAUCAAAUUCUAAUAUGCAGCCAAUUUUGUUGCCGAGAUCAACAAUAAGUCUGGAUAAAGAUCAUGUUACUUAUCCUAAAGAUAAUGGUAUAUUUUUU